GGAAGUUGACGCAGAUUUCCAUCAAUGGAAACAAAGUAGAUGUGGCACCGCAGAGGAGCAGUCCACGACAGAUAGCGACACCGACGGUGUCAAUUAAACCUCGAGUGAAGCUCUGAAUGAAGGAGCCCAGAGGGAAUAUGUUGGGUGUUGGAAUAUCUAACAACAAGGUCAAGUAUUCACGGCUGGCUGCUGAUGACGACGGUUACAUAGACUUACAGUUCAAGAAAAGCCCGCCGAAGGUCCCGUACAAGGCGAUCGCUCUGGCGAUAUUCCUGUUUCUGAUUGGCUCCCUGCUGAUAAUCUUCGGGGCCCUUCUUCUGUCAGGAAUCAUAAAGGUCGAGCACCCGGACCGCACCAUUCCUGUCAUCAUCAUAGGACUGCUCGUUUUCCUUCCUGGGUUUUACCAUUUGAGAAUCGCCUACUACGCCGCAAAGGGUUACCGGGGUUACUCCUACGACGACAUCCCAGAUUUCGGCGACUGAGCCGAGCGGCAGCUGCUGAUUGGUAGAGAGGCCCCCUCCAUUACUUUGUACACCUUGAGACCGUUGCCUGCUGUUUUACAUUGAGUUUCUGGAUGAAUGUAGCAAAUGUGGCAAAACUUCACAUCCCUGUUCUGCCGUGGAGACUUUCAAAGUGUUUGCCGAUUUGUAUUAUUAUUCUUUGUUGUUUAUUUGAUGCUCCCUGUUGUAUUAUCCUCCACACAAAACAGCUGGGUGAACCUUAGAGGCUUUAUUAUACUCAACUUAACAGUGAACCAAACGCUUAAUGAGCAGAGAACCUGUCGCUCGCAGCAGCCUCAUUCAUGAAAAAAACGCAAAUGAAACCUCGGCUGAGCGGGGAGACAUUUGUGGAGACCACACAGAGGCCUUUGACUUACUACUGCUAGAGAGUCCACGAGCUGGACGGCCGAGACGUGUUGUGUUCUUUGCACAGUUCAUUCACUGUGUAUCUUAAACAAAUAUUUAUUUGUGGCCGUAGUCCAUAUGAUUUUAUGCAAAGCUGGCCGGGAGACUGUAUUUCUCCCGAAAGAUUAUAUUUGCAGUACUAUCCAAAGAUUGUAUACUUUUGUCUAUUUUUGACUGGAAUGUAUUACUUUCCGUAUGAAGUAUUGCUGUUUGUGCAUAUUCAUUUGGUUUUGAAAUAUCACAGAAAGAUGUAUUUUUUACAUGCAUAUUUGCUUGAUGAAGAAUAAAAUAUGAAUAAAAGUAGAAAUCUGAA